CUGGUGAAAACAGACCAGAACAAGAAAGAAGAAGAACUGAGGAAGAAAGAGAUAAUAAAGAGACAGAGAGUGAUGGAAACAGCCGUCUUUAUGAGGCGAAACAAGAACCUCUCUGUUUCUACAUAAACUCUCUCUCUCUCUCUCUCUAUCUAUUUAUCUAUUUUUUCACUUCAAAAAAUCUCACACUUGAAGUGUUUCUCUUAAUCUAAUGGAUUCGAUGCAAUUGGAUAAGCGUUUGGACUCGACGGAGCAAGUGGUUGAAGAAAUCAUGAGACUUCACAGAUCUUUACCACCGAGGCCAGGACUCGACGACGUCGAAGCUGCGAGGUCUCUGAUACUCAACGUUGAGAAAGAAGACCAAGCUUGGUUAGAAGCCAUUGCGGACCAGAGGACACCCUCUGAGGUUCCUGGCGACCUUUUCACCGUGCUGCAAGAAAUGAAGAAAGGUCUUGUUCUGUUUCGCAGCAAAGAACAGAGAAGAGAAGCCACUAAGCUUCUUGAUCUCGAAACUGUUCAUUCUUCUUUCGACGAGUUCAUCCAAAGAGCUUCUCAUUGCAUUGCUUCUCCUUCCUCUAACGUCUCUGCUCCAUCUCGUCCUCCGCGUCUUCCUAAGCCGCCGGGAAACUUGUAUUCCUCCGAGAAGUCCCCUGUUCGCCCUAAGGACAUGGUUUCACGAGACGAUAGCUACGUGACGACUAAAGCUAAGCCUUCUUCUCUUUAUGGUGAUGCUUUGGUUGCUCAUAGAAGUCCUCAGCUUCUGGAUUCAACACUUGCCGCCGGAAAAUCCCCCGGCAAUGAUGGAGAGAAGCUAAGUUUAAUCAAACUUGCUAGUCUGAUUGAAGUAUCAUCCAAGCAAGCUACACAAGUCCUGAAUCUACAAAACAAGCUAACCGAACAAGUCGAGUGGCUUCCAGAUUCUAUCGGCAAGUUAUCAAGUCUAACAUCACUUGAUCUGUCUGAGAAUCACAUUGUGGUAUUACCAAACACAAUAGGAGGACUCUCUUCCUUGACAAAGCUAGAUUUGCAUUCCAACAGAAUCACUCAUCUCCCUGAGUCUAUAGGAGAGGUGUUGAACUUAGUUUACCUCAAUCUCAGCAGCAACCAGUUAUCAUCUCUUCCUUCAUCGUUCAGCAAGUUGUUGAAACUCGAGGAGCUUGAUUUGAGCUCCAACAACCUUCAUAUCCUCCCUGAGUCCAUCGGCUCUCUUGUCAGUUUAAAGAAGCUUGACGUUGAGACAAACGAGAUAGAAGAGUUCCCUUACUCCAUCGGUGGAUGUUCUUCUCUCAAAGAAGUCCGCGCGGAUUACAACAAACUCAAGGCUCUCCCCGAAGCUAUCGGGAAGAUAACUACUCUCGAGAUCUUGUCCGUUCGUUACAACAACAUCAGGCAGCUACCGACCACGAUGUCUUCUCUAGCUAGCCUCAAAGAAGUGGACGUGAGUUUCAACGAGCUCGAGUCUGUCCCCGAGAGUUUAUGUUUCGCUACGACGCUUGUGAAGCUGAACGUUGGAAACAACUUCGCCGACAUGGUGUCGCUGCCGAGAUCGAUAGGGAACCUCGAGAUGCUUGAGGAGCUUGAUAUAAGCAAUAACCAGAUCCGUGUUCUUCCGGAGUCGUUCAGGAUGCUUACGAAGCUGCGUGUGUUUCGUGCUCAUGAGAAUCCGUUGCAAGUUCCUCCGAGGGAGAUAGCUGAGAAGGGUCCUCAGGCUGUUGUUCAGUACAUGAAUGAUCUUGUGGAGCUGAGGAACGAGAAGUCUCUAGUAGUUAAGCCUAAGAAGAGUUGGGUUCAGAUGUGUUUCUUCCCCAAGUCCAACAAGAGAAAACACAACAGCAUGGAGAUCGUCUAGAACUGCUGAUAGUGUUGUCAUUGUGCACGACAUUGUUUCAUUCAUGUCUAUCCACAUACCUGUUCUUACUUUUUUUUCCUGGUUAGGACAGAACCGAACCACCUCUGGUUUUGUUUCUUUGGUUUGAAACUCGAGUCACACUCGGACCUAAAAGCAUGUGUGUGUGUAGUGAUGUGAUGUGAUGGUUAUUGAUAUUAAGAGGAGAGACAUGACAUGAGUAGGCUAUGAACGUGGCUUUGUCUAGAUAGUUGUAAGUUGUUAAUUAAUACUCACGUUGGAAUAAUGCAACUUCUUUUCUUGUUUUGU